AUGAGGAGUAAGCCGACGCGAAUUAUGUUAGCCCAUAAUAAACUACGGAUGAAUUUCCAAAUGGACUGUGCUCAGCUGGUGAAGAUGGUGUCCAAACCGGCAGAGUGGCCAGCUUUUGAGAUUUUGCUUGAAGAAAUGGAGAAAUGCAGAAGGAUGUUCCAGGCGUUCUCCCUUACAUACAUCCCCAGAUCACAAAACACGAAGGCAGACAAGCUAGCACGGAGUGCUCGAGAUCAGCCUCAUAAUGUGUACUACAUCAACUCAAUUCCACCAACAUCGCUCCCCGAGCCGUUGUAG